AUGUCUUUCUAUCCACAGCUCUCCCGAGGCUAUGAGCCUUACGACCUGAACAUUGCCAACUGGGUCUUAUAUGAUACCUUACCCCAGCUCCCUGACAUGAGCCAAAGGCCCAGGUCUUUCAGAAGCCUUGCCUCCACCGGUAAGAAGCACUUAAUGAAAGACUUCAUAACCGACCAAUUCGAGCGGUUUAGGUAUAAGGUCGACCAGCCGGUGGAUAAUGGCAGGGAUAUACUGCUUGAAGAGUUCAGGAAGCUUGCCCAACAAACAGAGUACGAAGAGGAGAAGAAGACCAGCCGGAAGCUGAGAUACUCUCUGUACUUCCGUAAGGAACCUGAACAGAGGGGCGUAAUGCUCUUUGACUUACCUGCUGAUGCCAGCGUCUGUGAUGUGGUUUCUCGUGUUCGAGGAGGACCAAUUGAGAGGGUUGUUCCCGGGACUUGCCCUGAACCAUUCCUCGAAGUCCAUUUUCUUCAUUCCAAGUCGGCGGAUUCCUUUGCUAAGUACGCUCGAACCGGUCUCUUUGUUGUCAACGGGACCAAGCCAGUGGUAAGCAGACGUCCUUUUGAGCUUGUCAAGAUUCACCCAGUCGAAGAUUAUGUCAUGGCAGCCGCUACCAAAAACAAGGCCACUAGAGUCAUUGAGUUGCUGAUUCCAUUUAAAGCUCCUCUGGCGACUAGUUCACUGGGGAAGUACCCUAAGCCUUCUCAGUGGUACGUUAGUGGCCUCGAUAUCACUGAUAUCAGAAGAGACUUGGUGCAGUUUGGCAGCAUCGUAGAAGUCAGGCCAGUGAUAGCCACAGAGUGCACGAUUUCAAUCCAGUUCAUGUCGAUUGCAGAACUGAUUCUUGCCAUGCUGUCGUUUUCGUUAUAUGGCACUUAUCACCAUACUAAGUACAGAGGCUGGAAGGUAGAGUACGGUAAGGACCCAGCAGACGUGCCAUGUUUCAAUGUAUAG